CGGGACGAUGACUGUCCAGUGGACCGCGGUUGCCGCCUUCCUGUACGGCGAAAUCGGAGUGAUCCUGGUGCUCUGCCUGCCGUUUAUUUCUCCGCUGAGAUGGCAGAAGAUUUUUAUGUUUCCUCUAUGGAGCAAAAUGGCAGUUUUUUGGAACAAGAUAUUCCUUACGAUAAUAGUUUUGCUGAUCGUCUUGUUUCUUGAUGCUGUUAGAGAAGUUAGGAAGUAUUCGUCCAUUCAUGUGCAUGAAAACUCUGCAAAUGUCAAUACCAAUGUCUUUGAUCAUAUUCAGAUGAAACUCUUUUCGCAAAGAAACCUUUAUCUCUCAGGUUUUUCCUUAUUUCUUUGGCUUGUAUUGAGACGUACUGUUACCCUUCUUACUCAGUUGGCAAAAGGGAUGGCAUCUCAUGCAGCUCUGGAAACGCAAGUAAACAAUGCUACUGAAGCAGCCAAAAAAUACAUGGCCGAGAAUGAAAGGCUGCAGGAGGCCUUGAGUGAAAAAGGAAGCAGUAAAAAGGAAGAAUCGGCAGAAGCAACUGAUGAGAAGUUGAAGAAGGAAGUUGAACAUUUGAAAGUGGAGCUACAAAGGACAUCAAAUGCUCUGCACAAGGCAAAUGAGGAAGUGACUGCAGUUAAAAAGCAGUCUGAAGGCCUUAAAAAAGAGUAUGAUCAUCUGAUGAAAGAAUAUGAACGGCUUCAGGGCACUUUCAAUGAAGCAGAAGACAAGAAAGACCUGUAG